AUGGAAAAUGAGAAAGACAUAGAGAAUUCAAAUUCUAUGAAGUCUUUGUACUUGGGUCGUACACUAUUAAUGUUAACACAUGUUUUAGUUAUAUGGGGACUAUAUACAACAUCAUUUUAUGAAAAUUCAUAAUUAUCAAUCCUAUAUUAUUUGAGAGCAUUUACUUUUUGUUUUUGGGUAUUACUAUCGACCUGUUAGAUCAGAACUUCUUUUUCAGAUCCUGGAGAGGUUCGUUAAAAAAGUGUUCCAAUUAAAUUGUAAUUAGUUCAUGAAAUGUAUAAUCGAAAAUGUAAGAAAUGUAAUUCAUGGAAGCCACCUAGAGGACAUCAUUGUAAAAGAUGUAAUAAAUGUAUUUUCAAAAUGGAUCAUCAUUGUGAAUGGGUAAAUAAUUGUGUUGGAGCAUUGAAUUAAAAAUACUUUGUUCUAUUUCUUUUUUAUUUACUAUUGUACAUUUUUACAUUGUUAAGUAUUCAUACUAUAGGAAUUUGUGAUUAUUGCAUGAAAUCAAAGAGAAAGAUCUUACCUAUGUUAAUGACAAUAACAACUACAAAAUGUUAAAUUUUUAGUAUUCUUUUAUUUAGUUUCUUUUUUAUAAUCUUUGUAAGUUAAAUGAUUUGGGAUUAAAUUUCAGCAAUUAUAGAUAAUUAAACAGUAAUAGAAUCUAGAUAAGGUAAAUUUGGUAGAUAAUAAUCAUUUAUGAAUAAUUUUAAAUAAGUAUUUGGUGAUUAAGAUUGGUAUCAUUGGUUCUUACCAACCUAACCAAAAUUAAAAUUAAAUUAUGCUGAACUUGUAUAUGCCGAAGAACUUAUUAAUUAAGGAACUUAAUAUCUAGAAGAUAUCAUAUAUGAUCAAACUAAUCCAGCCAGCAUUCAUUUUGCAGAAUAUAUGUUCGAUAACUAUUCUAAAUAAAAAUGA